UUUUGUCACAGGUUCUACCGAGGAGACUACCACAUUGAUGUAUGCAUUAACGAUUAUUUGGACGUAUACUGUCCCCACGACAUUGACACGGUCCCUGAGGAGAAAACGGAGCACUACGUCCUCUACAUGGUCAACUACGAUGGCUACAGCUCUUGCGACCACACGGCGAAAGGUUUCAAGCGUUGGGAGUGUAACCGGCCCUACUCGCCCAACGGCCCGCUGAAGUUCUCUGAGAAGUUUCAGCUUUUCACACCAUUCUCACUAGGAUUUGAAUUUCGGCCAGGCAGAGAAUAUUACUAUAUCUCAUCUACAGUCAGUGAAAAUGGGAGACGGAGCUGCUUGAGGCUGAAAGUUUUCGUCAGACCUUCAAACAACUGCGAGAAGAGUCACGACCGCGUUGUAAAGGUCAAUGAUGGAAGCAUUAACUCUAUAGAAGAUAAUAAUGACGGAACGAGUCACGAAUCUGCAGAACCAUCAAGAGGUGAUGUCAACGGCGCCGGAUGCAUUCAGACUGUAGGGCCCUUGUUGGCCUCAGCGCUGGUUCUUUUGGCUUCCCUCUCCUCCUUAUAGCAUCCCGCACAUACGCGGUGACACACCUGAAAUACACAGGAGGACUCGUGAUCGAGCACUUUUAAGAAACAUUGGGAUCUUUCUCUCCGCUGAAAAGUAGUUUCUCGCAUAGGAAGACGUUCAUCCAUUGGCGAUAUAACUGGAUGGUUUUCAAUGAACAAAAGCCCCACCCCACGAAAAAAAAAACACUCUGUUGUACACAUAUAAAACCCACUAAACUAUGACACACACACUAAAAUAGGUCCGUGUCCUUUCGGUGCCCCUAUGUGAUGUUGGAGAGGGACUUGUAAUUGGGAGCAGAGGAAAUAAAUGACUCUUUUUCACAAAGACUGCUUUCAGUGUUGCCAUCCAGAAAAGAGAAAUCAGAGCAACAGAGCAAGAGGACUGUCUGAGGGAUCUCUCCACGUGCAUUGUGGGAAAACGUUGUCACUGUGGACUCAACUGCUGACUCUACUAGAUAUCAAGGCAAAUUGUUGCCUGAUAGCAUCCCUUAUAAAGAGGGAGCUUUUUAAUAUCUCAACCGGAGUAGUCCGCGUGGACUCAGGUGCUCAGGUGAACAGUGACCAUUUUUGAAGCGUUUUCGUAGAUAAAAGAAAAAGAUAAGCACUCGUUUUGUACAUUGUGUACAGGUGUAUAUGGGACUGAAACACAGAUGUGGUGUUCUUGAAGUAAAAUGCUCAAGUGUAGCUGCCAAAAUCGAUGUUUUGUUAGAGGAGUACGGAGCAUCACUGAUCGAUCGUUUGAGUGAAUAUACUAAUUUGUUUGGUGAAUCAUCCUUUUCUUAUUUAUUGUUCAUUCUUAGUGCUCUUGACACUUUGUUGUACUAGUCAUCAGCCAGGAUUCAGGAGAAAGGAACACAAAAUGCCUAGUUGCGGUCCUCUUAACUUGAUUUAGACGAAUAACAACUGCAUUGCAGAAUAACUUAUGGUAACGUGUUAAUAUUUUAGCAAGUCAAUCCUUGAAAUGAUAUCAGGGGGAAAAACAGUAGUACGUCUCCAUAUCAUGUCCGUCAGGGGUCACGUCGCUCCUUAAAAGGGUCCAUUAUCAUGGAGAAGAGGGAGGAAAUGGUUUGCAUUCAUUUUGUAAAUGCUUCCUGUCUUUUUAGCCUAGAGUAAUACAGCAUUAACAUUUUAAUUCGGUCAAUAAAAUGAGUUCAUACCUUGCCAAUUGAAUUGUUAAUUAUGUAAAAAAAUUAAAAAAGACGUUUUCAAUUAUUCUUUUUUCUAAGCAUGAAGUAAAAGUAAUGAAAAUAUUUUCUUAUAUCCGCAAAACGAAUUCUCACACUUUCUUUUGUCAAAGUGCAUUUCAACCGUGCCGUUUUUAUUUAUUUACUUUUUAAAUAAGGAGCUGUGCGCAUUAAACGCUCAUCUGGGAUCUACUGAAACAGUAGCAGAGCGCUGCUUCCACCCCGGUGGCAGCUGGCACCCUAACAUGAUUUAAUAGGCUCUUUGAUGUUGUCCAAAGUGCCUGGCACGCAGACCACAUACUGCGAGGCCUCAUGUGGGUUAUUUCUGGAAUAAAAAAUUAAAAUUAAAAAAUCGACAGCAGCACGGGAGGAGCGCAGUGUCCAGUUUAGCUGCGGGCUAGCGUUACUCUGGUGAACUUGGCCAGAGAUGGAGAAAGAUGAGAUCUCCUGCUGGGAACAAUAGUAAUGGCCUUUACAGACACAAAACAGGGUAAAUAUUUGCCCCAGUCCUGGUUUUCCUUUCUUGAAUGUUUUUCAUGUUUUUCAUUCGCAUCUACUUAUCGACAGUUUGUAACCAACAUAAACGUAGCUUUUGACUUUAUUACGAUAUGUGGUUAUGUUUGGCUAGCUACUAUGGUUCUUUUAAAAUGAUAACACAGGGGCACAUGGAUCCUAUGGAUGCUAUGUAUCCAUACGUUGUUUAGCCACUGGAACCACUGGUACGAAAGAAAUAAGAGAUAAAUGAGGAAUUAAGAAAUAAUCCAGUCAGAAAGUCAUUAUCAGAUACACUUGUUAAUAUUUUUUCUGGAGAUAAAUGCAUUUGCAGACAGAAUACUUUUUAAAUGUGCUUUUUUAUUUAAAUGAUUCAAUAUUCAUAAAGACAGCUAGGAAUGUGUGCUGGUCCAUCCUUAAAAGCACCACUGCACUAUCAUUGCUAAAUCAUAACCCAUCUACAUCUUUUUUUAAGUCUCCUGUGGAAUAUUUUAAAGUCUGCAAUGUUCUGUUGUUGCACCACAUCCGUUUAUUGUCAUGGGAACAAACCUAGAAGGCCAGUUUUAGUAGGUUUAAUUCAGGAAACAUUAUUUUUGUAAAACGACUCCAGUGUCUGUUUUUGUCCAUAUGCAAAACUCCCAAUUGUUGAGAAUUCGAGGUCAAAGGAAUGAGGUCUCAUUGAACCUGGGUUUUUCACCACAAGGCAGUUGUGUUCUUGUAUUCUCUCAUCCUCUUUGUCCCAGAGAAUAUAUCUUCAGUGUUAGAGAUAAUUUCUUCAUUCUUUCCACACCUGCUUCUUCAUAGAGCUGUGAAGACCAUGAUAUCUAAACCACCAUUUCCUUAGCUUCUUGGCUGUGUUGCGUGAAUAUUAGACAUUUGCUAUGACGUCUCUGACGGUCCAGUGCUGAUUUGCGUUAUGAUAUGACACGUUUUUAUAUCUUCAAAUGCCAUUAUUUGUAAAUACACUUGCUGGAGCAGCUCAAAUA